AUGUCCUGGUUCCGUCCUCCACCACCACAUACCCAACUUAGACCUUGGGUACCGGAUGCGAUCUUCAUCCCAAUCUCCCGUGCCGUCGAGAGAGUAGGAGUAUACUUCUACAACAGGUACAUUUUCAAACUUCUGUAUUCUAUCAACAUUUUUGUUUUUUUUUAGAGUCUUGAACAAGACCGAAAUCGGAUUGUUCGACAAGAGAUGGAACAAGAACGUCCACGGACCAUAUUGUCACUGGAGAUACUACGGAAAGUGUAAGUGUUUUAUCUCAGAAAACAAUACGAUAAUUCAAAUCCCAAUUUUUUGAAGUGGACACCAAAUUCUUGAAUGUCAAACUCGGAGAUUUGCCAGCAUGGAUUGCUCGCCGUGAGAAGACUCCAACCGCUUUCUACAAUGAAUUCAUGCGCAACAUCUGGAGAGUUCACAACCUUUACUACUCAGGACCAGUCUACGCCAACACCGUGAGUAUUUUAGUGAUGUUUCAAAUCCAGAGUUGAAUAUAUCUUCUGAAGUUAUUUCGGAAUACUUAAUUUUUCACUCAAAAAUAUCAAUGUAUUUUUGCAACAUUGAACGGAUUCGAUGGUGAACUAUUUGUGGUAACAGAUGGAUUUUUCCAGACCUGAUAUUUAUUGCUUGCUUUGAGUUAAAUUCAAUAAGCAAUCAAAUUGGGAUUAUUUCGAAAAAUUUCCCUGAACCACGAAAACAAGCAUUCUUGCUACUUGUAAUUAUUGGGUUGUAUUUGAGAGCACAAAAUGCUUGAUUAAUAAAAUAAAUUGUGAUUUUCAGGUCAAAACCAUCUUCCGUUUCGUCUUUGCUUAUUCGUUCCUUAACUGGCUCGUCAAAUCUCACCGUUACCUUGACUUCCAAAAGACUAUGUACCAUUGGUAG